AGUAUUUGCUAUUUGUAUUUGUUUUGUCGAUUUUUUGUAUUUUGUAUUGAAAGUUGCAAAAUAUAUGUAUUUAAUAUUAUUUUAAUAAAAAUACAAUCAGUGAUUUGCAUUAUAUGUUUUGGUAGCUUAAUAGUAUGUUCUUAAUUACUAUACGUUAGAUUCUGUAGUCCGUGAAAGUGUAAAACUUGUUUGAAGGGAUACUACCUGAGGAUGAGUUCUAUUUUGUUAUUAAAAUCAAUGUUAUUUGCAAGUGUAUUACAAAAGACACAAAAGAAGAAAAAGAAAAAGAAAGCUAAGAAAACUUUAAUAGUAGGAAGCUCAUGUUCAAAAAUGUGCAGAGCAUGUAAUCUGGAAGUCGGGAACAUUCCAAUUUUUGAAAACAGUGCCCAGCCAAACAUUGCCAAGGAAAUAGAGAACUUUACUGGAGUAACUAUAUGUCAAAAAGAUAAGUUUUCAAAACUGAUGUGUAAGAAAUGUUUGGAUUUAUUAAAUGGAUGUAUUUUAUUUAGAGAUAUGUGUCAAGCAACAAACAGACAAAUGAUAGAACUUUCUAUAAAAAAAGAGAUUGAAACUAAUAAUUAUGAGGAUGACAAUGUAGCAUUGCCAGAGAGUGAAGAAUCAUAUAAUAUCAAUAUACCUUCUCCAGCAUUGUCAGAUGAUGUGAACGACUCUGAGAUAUGGAGAUGUACACCAUGUAAUGAACCAUUUUGUAGCUUGGAUUCAUACAAUGCUCAUUUGCCCAAAUGCAAGGCAAACAAUGAAAUCUCCAAUAGAAGAAAAAUGCCAAAAGAAAAAAGAAAUGAUUUUCUAUGUGAUAUAUGUGGGAAAGUUGCUCGCUCCAACGCCAAUCUUAUAGUUCAUAUGAGUACUCACGAAAAUAUAUUCCCAUAUAAAUGCGAGGAGUGUCCAUACAUGGGGCGGACUAUGGACUUGCUGAAAAUGCACAAAAGGUCGCAUCUAGUCGACAAGCCGUUUAAGUGUACGCAGUGCCCCAAGUCUGCCAGUAGUUCCAGCAACCUAGCCAAACAUAUGAGGCAUGUGCACAGUACUACCAGAGAUUUUAAGUGUACCUAUUGUGAUAAAGCAUUCUCAUUUCAAUACGACAUGAAGAAACAUAUACGAGACAUACAUUUGCGACAGGGCACAGUGGAAUGCGAUGUUUGUUCCAAAAAAUUCAACACUAAGAAAAUAUUACAAGGCCAUCGAGUAAAGGUGCACAAAAUCAAAGGUGACAGACAUGGUCGCCUUCCCGCCUACUUGCUGUGUCAACUCGAACAGAAGAAAAACAACCCGUGGCACACGACUGUUGAUAGCAACUGCGAAACAACAUGAAAUAGAAUAGCCGUAACUUUGUAUGUGCUUACCCUAGUUGUAUGAUGUGCACGCCACCUCCUACUUACAAAUUCCAGGCUGAGAAUUCCUUAAAAGAAACAAAAGCUAGCUUUAUUUUUCUAUAAUUGAAAUAAAUAAAUUUUGAAUUAUACUAAUACUAGAAAGAGGUGAAAGUGGUGUUGUAGACAAUCUCUGGAUCUACUUAAUCAAUGUUGAAAAUUCCUUUGGCAUAGGCUAUAAUUUAAAACCGUGUUCUCACAGAAACGGGAACUAGACAAGUGGAACCGCGGGGCGUCGGUUACUUUUGUAUAAAAAUCAGAAUAAAUGUUUUGCUUAAAGCAAUGCUUAAUCCAGCCGAAAAACCGUAUGAAAAAUCUAUGUAUCUAUCUAUAUCAAAUGUACAGACACUAAAGUUUUUCUUUUUUAUUUAGUAAUAGAUUUAAGAGUCCAAAGUUUACAUCUUUAGUAUUAUUUUUAAAACAGUAUAGACUGAGUAGAAUGAAUCUCACUUAAAAAUUUUAGAUUUACGUCAAUAUUUAUGAACAUGGAUCAAGAUUUACUUUACUUUAUUUUCACCUUUAUUUACUUAAAAGAAAAAUGAACUUUAAGUAGUAUUAAUUAGGUCCACUUUACUUUGUAGCAAGUUGAGGUUAAAAUCUUGAUCUAUGACAAUCUAUAUAGACUAAUAUUAUAAAGCUGAAGAGUUUGUUUGUUUAGUUGAACGCGCUAAUCUCAGGAACUACUGGUUCAAUUAGAAAAAAUCUUUCAGUGUUAGAUAGAAUAUUUAUCGAGGAAGGAUAUAGGCUAUAUAUUAUCCCCGUAUUAGUCUUAAAUAAAUAUUUAUAAAUAUGACCAGUUUUAAGUUCGCGCUAUUUUUUUUCGUCCAAUGCACUUAGCAGAGCCAUUGUGAAAGAAAAAAAAAAUAAUAGAUCACAAUACAACUUUCAGUUAGUACUUAAGGUGUAAUUUAACGUAGAUCUUAAUAUUUUUGUGUUAUUUAAAUAUUUAUUUGUACAAACAAUUAUUUAGUACUUACUGGUAUAACGUACUGCGAUUUACUUUGUAUUUUAUCAAUGUAAAUAAAUUACAAUAUUUAUAAUUUAUUACAAUAAAGAAUACUCACAAUAA